AUGAGUGUUAAUACAACACCAUCCUACAAUGGGAGAAUGCGUGAUCAUGCUAUUCAUGCGAAAGGUUCUUCUUCGAGCAACCUUAAAGUGAUUGUUUCCAACCCUAAAUCUUCUUCAGAUAUUCAGAACAAAGAAUCUCUCAAGAGGAAGGCUUCGCACAACAAAGGAGAUUCCGAUUGUGAGAUGGGUGGAGGAAAAGGAUUGAAACCUAAAAGAGUUCGCAAGCCCACAACUCUCAAAUCAAAAUUUUCCAUUCCUGAAUUUAGUGUCACAGAGAUCAUUCCUCCAUCUCCAAUUCAAACUAAUAUUUUUUCUUCUCAUGCGAAUGUCUCUGUUACUCUUGAUGAAAUUUUUCCUCCCGAAGAGAAAACUGUUACUAAUCAAGGUCUACAGGGUACCUCCACUCCCGCUUCUUCAUUUGCCCUAGAUGUUAUUCAAACUGUUUCAACCUUUGUGAACUCUCCUUUGCCCAUUAGCACCGAUACCACUCAAAGUAAUUUGGAUAUUCCCAGUUCUGCGAAUGUUACUACUUCCUCUCCUUCUAUUUCUGUUUCCCCUUCUUCAUCUUCCACUUUCUUAUUAGAAUCCCUUUCACUUGAUAAGGAAGCUCUGAACAGUGUAAAGUUUGCUUCUCAAACUUUACUAGAUAUUAUCAACUCUACUCAGUCAUCCACUAGUGAUCCUCACAAAGUUCACAUAUGUUCUUUUUUAAGUAAACUUCUAUGCGAAUUUCCUUCCAAUAAAGCUACAAGAGAAGAAAUCCAUUCUCAAAUCGAUCCAAGUUUCUAUACUGCUUUAGAUGUCUUGGAAUCUCAUCGUCGAAUGAUUUUGGCUGAAGGACGUUUUAAAUAUAGUUGUUCUCCAUUAGAACUUUCACACAAGAACACCCUUUUAGAAAAGGAUGUUAGUAGACUAAAAGGAGAGCUCCAAGUUGCAAUUCUUGAUUCUGAAAGUCUUCGCAGCCAGAAUCAAAAACUCAGAAGCGAGUUGCAGAGAGAUUCACCUUUCAAUUCCUCGCAGAAGAUACUCGAUAUUGAAGUAUUAAAUACCAAUAUUUCUCAUAUGUCUAAAUUGUUAUAUAGUGCUGAUUUAAGACAUCAAUCCUUAUCAGAAGAAAACUAUACCCUUUCUUUGGAGAAACAUUAUUUUCUAAAGAAAGAAGAAAUGUUUUCGCAUCAGUAUUUAAUUCUCCAGAAAGUAAAUGAUGAUAUAGAACAAGCCAUUCGUUCCCUAGAAUUUCAAUACGAAGCAUCACUUAAGGAAUUAAGUACCCAGAACGAUAAAAUCAUCCAAAGUAAAAUAAACCUGACUGUGAAGAUGAACCAGCUUCAAGAACAAUAUGAUCAACUGAAGCAUUCUCUUGAUGACCUUAAGAAAAAGAAUAAUUCCCUCUCUGCUGAUAAAAAGAAGAUUCGAUCUCGUCUCAAUGGUUCCGUUGGUGACGAUUUCGAUAAAGCUAUGGAAAGUAUGAAGAAUAACACUCUUGCCUUUUCUAAAUUCUACAAAGAGUCCGAAAAGUUGAAUCAAUUCACAAUAUCUCAGUUGAGAUCUGAGCUGGGUAAAGUUCGCAAAGAUCGUGCAAACAUGGAGAUUGCUUAUACAAAUCUUGAGGUUUCUCUUACUGCUUCUCGAGACCAGGAUCAACCUGAGAAGAAUAAAUCUGGCAAUGAUGAUUCUGUUGUUAAGGCUACUGUUGAAGUUGAGGACCCAAAUCCAAGCCACAAGAUUGAUGAUGAAAUGCCUUUAACUGAACGCGAUGUUUCCUCCAGCAAUGCUUAA